CGUUCCCUCCAUUUCCUCCCACACUCCUACAUUGUGGUUUCGCGUGAUGUGAUGAUAAUGAUAGAAAUAGUAAAUGAUGAUAAGCAAAUGCAUGGCGUAGUGUUGUGCGUACCGACAUGUUUGACAUUUUGAGCUCGGGCCAUUAAAAAUGGAUUCUUAUCAAAGCUUCAUAGAAACAUUUCAACAAGCUAUCUCCACCAGAGAUUUAGCUACUUUAACAAAUAAUUUGAAAAGUGGUCAAGGAUUUCUUGCGAUUAUUUCACUUGAAGAUCGCGAAUCACUUGUACAUAGCAUAUUUGAUAGAAGUGAUGGCUUGCUGUGUUUCCUCAAGUAUGAACUUGAAAGACGGGUUGCAGAUAAAAAUAUUGAUAAUGCAUGCACAGAAGGAUUCCAUUUCCUUAAAUUUUUUAUCAAAAAUUUUUACACAACUUCGUGUUUUGCACAAUAUAUCCUUCAACUUAAGGAUGUGUGUCAGUUAGCACUGAUUAUAAAAUGUUCUUUUUAUACAAAGAAAGCUGCUUGUAAUGUUUUUACAAAAUUGAUUGAGCUAUUCAGGGAUCAUGAUUUAAAACUUAGUGAAACAGUGAAAAAAUUUAUCGAUAUAUAUCGUAAAAACAACAGUAAAGAUGAAAUAAAAGAUAGAAGAUUGAUAUUAUGUGUUUGUAGUAAAAUAGUCAAAUAUAAUGAAAAUGUCUGUCUAUCGCAGAAACAUUUGAUUAGUAUUUUUAUACUACUGUAUUCUGAUAUGCAAGAGUAUAAUCCAAAUAUCAACAUACCCAACGACUUCCAUAUGUACUUUGAUGUUUUCGCGGACAUGUUAGAUAGUGUUGAACCGCCGGAGCAAAUACGAAAAAAACUCUUUUGCAAAUCGUAUGAAUGGAUUAAGAAUCUUAGUCAGCAGGAUAGACAACAAUCUAUUGUAAUAUCGGCAAUCGAUCUCCUAAAUCGUCAUAUGAAUUCAUUUCAAGAUUAUUUGUAUCCUGAUUGCCAGUAUUGGUAUAACUUUCUUCGGCGUUUAUCGCGCAAAACAACUGCUUCUGGUGCCUAUGGACAGCGGGCAUUGAAAACAUUUUACCGAGUGAUCGGACAUAUUCUUACAGAGAUAGAUAGCGGCGAAGAUGCACGAAAGUUAUUAUCGUAUUUUCUUGAAGAGUUUGAAAGAGAAUUCAAAAAUACUGAUUUAGAUGUAACCACCUUGCAAUUAGUUGUUUAUGGAUUCAGUCAAAUGGCUGCACCAUGCAAAUUGCAUCUGAAUCAAUAUCAUAUCGGACAUAUGUAUUCAAUUAUAACUAGUUAUGCACUUCCUCUUUGCUCCAGUGAACAGAGUGAUUCGAAACACAUAGAAAAUAUUUGUUGUUAUCAAGAAGCGCUCUCGGAAAUGUGUCAUAUGACUGAUGUUACAAUUGAAAAAAUUAACGUUCUUGUAAAACUCAGUAUCUAUAUUAUCAAGAGAUUUCCCGAUUUAGUGAUAUCUAACAACGCGCUCGCCGUUUCAGCGUUGAUUAAAACUAUCAGCAAACUUGCAAAUAUAAAUAAAAAUUUGGUGCAGCAAUAUCUCGAUAAUAUAAUUUAUGAUGGCAUUGCUUGGAGCUGUUCGCAUACGUUGGCGCUUGACGCAGAAUUACAACGAGAACUAAACUUGCAACAGUCACCAAUAUGCUACAAAAAUUAUUUGCCGUUGUGGACGGAACUGUUGAACAUCGAAAAAUAUUCCGUCCGCGGAUGCGAGCAAAUGGCGCAACAUGUGGCAAAUACCCUAAUGAACGUGUGCAUCACGUUGGUUGGCCGAUUGGAUAUACGUGUAAAACGAAUAAACGAGGACACCGUAUACUCGGACGUGGCCCUUUCUCAAAGUGCCUUGAACCAGGCGGACUUUCGCGUAUUCACGAAUCUCGUGGACCUUUACAUCAAUGUAAUUGAUGCAAUCGAUACGUCGAAACUGUUGCUAUUUGCCAACACCGUGUGCAGAUUUCUCUUCGAGAUUGUCAGAUUGUCGUAUAGAUAUCCGUUGAUAUCUGGUUUCUACAAACUCGUUCGAACUGGUAUGAAAAUCUUCGUCGCUUGCACAUCAGAAGAAGAAGAGGACACUAGAGAUUCGCAACGAAUAAAAGAGCUUUUAUCUAAUUAUUUGUCACAUACUCUUGAUCUAAUCCCAACGUUCUCUAAUGAACUGCUAAUCGCGUGCCUCUACUUAAUCCUAGAUUCGCCCUACGCAUGCUUCAAGGAUGCGCUGCCAUGCAUGUUGCCGAUAUUCAGGAUCGCGUUUACUGUCGGUUUGAGUAACCUGGAGCUCGCGUAUACCGCGCUCACUUCUUUGCAGACAUGGACUGAACAAGAACAACAACAGGAGCGAACGAAUGAAUUGCUACGCGAAAUCGUAGCGUAUCUGGAACCAUACUUGCGCAGCACAGAGAGCUCCAUCGAGGUCUCUCAGGAUUUGAUGGCGACGAGGGCGAAAAGUCGUGUGAAACGUGUCGAGGUUAUUGACACUGAAUGUAUGCUGCGAAACUUCCAACGGCGAGUUCUGCUCUUCCUCGGAUCGCUCGAUCACGACUUGCUGUCAAGUUUUGUUCAUGAUCGUGCUUCCCGUAGCACUGGGGCGUCCUGGGAUCACAAGAAUCUGCUCAAAUAUACCUUAUUGUUGCCGGACGCACGACCGGACAUUUAUUUCGAUCGGAUGUUCCCACGAAUAAUUGCGUUGGCGCGCGAAUCCAGCGAUCGGCGUACCAAGAUCGCAGCCUGCGAGGUUCUGCAUUCGAUGAUAACACUUAUUAUCGGCUCUACUGCGCGACAUCUCUCCAAUCCGGAGAAUCAUUUCACCGCUCUCUACGGCAUUCUAUGCCCGGCUAUGCUCGUACUUGGCUGUGAUUCCGACGAAGUCGUGCGAGGCCUUUUUCAGCCGUUGACGUUGCAGUUGAUGCAUUGGUUUAGCUCCAGGCUCAUGUUAUUGUCACCCGUUAUCUCGCCCGUUCUCGAUUCGCUAUUCGAGAGCUUAACCGACGAUUCGAAUCCCGCAUUACGAGAGUUCUCCGGCACAUGUCUGGCGGAAUUCACACGUUGGUCGUUCAAGCAAGCAUCGGAGGUGAAAGACGUCCAAUCGAACGUGCAUCGGAUCGUCCAAAAAAUCAAUGAGCUCGCGCUGCAUCCGUCAAUGCGUAAACGCGUGGCCGCGGCUGUGGCCUUCAAUCAUCUCUAUGCGAUCCUUCGCGAAGACGAUGACAUAGUGUCGAUCUAUUGGUUAGAAAUAUUCUACUGUUUUGUUUGCAGUUUGAAUGAUGAAUGUGAUGAUCCAUCAAUCGCGAACGCACUAGCUCACAUCGAAAAAGUAAUGAGAUUUAAGGUGGAUCUUCUGAACGCACCCGGUCCACCUGACAGGAGAAAACCGCACGAGUUUGACGGCGCGACUUUGACCCACGCUAUGUACUGGUUGCUCUCACGGUGUGGAACACUAGAUGAACGUUGCCGAGCGAAAUGCAUGGAAUUAUAUAUCAACAUGUCACAAUACGUUGAUAGUUACCCGCAGGAAACGAUACAGAUCUUUGUCGAGACUUACGGAAUGGAUCGAUUGAACGAUAUCGUUCUAAGAGGCUUGGAAUCCGGCGUAGGAGAUAUUUCUGUAAUCGGCAAUGUGACACCACUCUUGAAGGCUCUGGAUUGCUACGUGUGGUUUUUGGAAAAUCAAUUGCUAUCGAUAGAAACUCUCUUUUCUGCUACUGAUGAUGCACAAGAACACACAAUCUUCUCCUGCAUUCAGAGUUUCACUCGUCAAUUCCAACAAUUAACCGAGAAUCCGGCAGAGAUGGUUGCGAUAAAUUCCAGGGAACUCGAACAGCUGCAGACCCUACAGUGCAAAACUUUGAUGGCUACAUUGAACUUUAUACAAAUGUUGCUGAAUAUUAACGUUAAUGUUCUACCGAAUUCCUUAUGGGACGAGUCCUUGUCUGCAUUAACGAUCAAGUGCAUAAUGUCUCCGCGAGCGGUUGGCUUCGACAUCAGGAACAUCGAGAUGACAGACAAGUUGCCACAUGUCUUGGAAAUUUUAUUAAACGCUAUGAAAUCGCAGCUUACUUAUGCUUUGCCGAACACCUUUAAGAAUUGUCUCUUAAAUUUUGGCCAGAAACACAUCGCGAGACUUCUUUAUUUGAAGGAUAUCGCACAAAACAAUUUCGGCGAUAAUCUGAUACAACAAGUUAAAGGUCUGAUUCUGCUACAGCGAUGCAAUAUGCUCGAUCGAAUGAUGAUAGAAAAGAGCAGUUUCACGCAAGGCGAGAAAACGAUCGAGCGUAUCUUCAAGUUUCUAGUGAACAAACGCAUCGGCGUAUGGAUUUGUAGCAAUUUAAACGCGCAGAUGAUUGAAUAUUUGAGAACUCUGAUGGAAUUUCAACUCUCAUUAUUCUCAUCGACGAUCGAGGCACCGAAUUUGGUGAUACCCGAAGAUACUCGUUCGAUAACCGAAACGCUGAUGAAAUUUAUAUCCAAUAAUACUCUGAUUAUUGGCACAGAUUCCGCGCAGAUCAUUUACGGCGAAUAUUUUCUGAACAUGUUUAAGGAUACGAUUUUCGGGUUUAUGUUGACACACGUCGCCGCAAUUACGCUCGUCUUUGACGAUUUAUCACGGGACAAUCCGUUCUUCUUGCUCAAAUGGCUGGAGGAUCUGCUGCUGUAUCUGAAACAACACAAACGUGAAUUUCAAGCUCACGUAGACGCGACAGUGGACGUGAUCUUGCGGCAUUUUACAUGUCUGAAGAAUGCCGUCUGCAACAACGAUAGUCGUAAGGAGAGACUGAUGAAUAUUUAUGGCACUGUGGUGCGUCUUAGUUCGAAGCCCGUGAAAAUCACGCGGGAUUUCGCGUUUCCCGAGAUUUAUCAAUGGAUUCUGGAUCAGUUGAUUGGCAGUAAUAAUCUCGAGUAUAAGACGCAGAUUUUGCAAAAAUUUUUCAUUUGUCUGACGGACGCGACAACUGAUGACGGCAAUGAUAAUCUUGAAUUGCGAAGGAUUUUGCUAUCUUUAAAGAGCAACAAUCAAGAAUUGUUUUUGAAUUUGUCCGAAACAAGCGUGAACGCCAUGAAAGUGAUCGACUGUUUUGAAACAUUACUAACACUGCUUUCGACAACGAAAUCAAUAAUUAUGCUCGAAUGCGUAAUACGAUUUGCAGCCGGUACUGGCGAUCGUCUGUGCCAGGAUGAGAAGAUAGAGGAACAUCUGCGUGAAUAUUAUCGCGAAGCGUCCAGCGAAUACGCUCUACACUCAUUGAAGAUAACAUAUAGUACGUUUAUGAACCGUGACUUUUAUUUCUUCGAAAGGCUCGAUAUUCUGCGCAAUUUUCUCUUGCCGAUGUUCAAAUUUUGUGACGCGAUCACAAUUCAGCGCUUCUUCGAGCAAAACAUUCGCGAUUUGUACGAACUCGCUUCCGAUCCAAUCACCACCACUGACAACACAAAUGCUAAACACACCAUCGUGUCAAAAAUCGGAUGCUUUCAAUUGAUAACGAUCUUGUUUGCUACGGUGGAUAUGAACAAAUUAGUUGGCGUGAAUGCGACGAUUGCGUUAAACGCUCUACAUCAAAAUAUUAAAAUUGGCAAAGAACUCAUUCAAAGUUUGCUGAAACUUGUCUACAAAACGCGAACUCUAAGGGUGGACCAACCAGGAUGCAACGAGCUAAUGCGUCUCUUAUAUUGCUCUGCGUACAAUUGCGAGCUGACGAUCAUCAACUUGAAAGAGGAGGAAUGGUAUUACAUCUCAGCCUUUAGCGAGAAUCACUCGACCAAACCAAAAUUUCUUCUCUGGGAAAACAUCGUGGAUUGCAACAAGCGUUAUCAGCUUGGUCAGACCUUUAAGGAAUAUCCUAAGACUCGCGAAAUUACUAUUAAUAUGAGAUCCAUGACUUUCAAUGUAGACGGACCACAACACAGAUACGCGUACGUUCACAGUUACGAUUUAUCGGCGUCCACACUGUGCGAGGACAUCAACGCCUACGAUUUUAACAGAUCCGUCUUGCUACCAUUCAAUUCUCAUCAUUCCAUCUCGGCGAAAAAUCUCAAUGAUCCGCGUGGACAAACGAGCAUCGCCCUUGAAAUCGAUGAUUUCAACAAGCACGAAUGCAUGCCAUAUAUAUGCGUCUUGUUGCGACGUAUCAGGGAAAUCUUUGUACCGAGCAAAGAAUUGCCCAAGGCAAUGGCUCGCUUUCUCAAUGGCCUGAAUAAAUCUAAACCUAAUAUUAUACUAUUCCUAUUGAGAAUUAUCUGGAACACUAAUGAUGUGUUCAAAUCUUACGCGAAAUUUAUGCUGAUACCGAUUGUUGAAGCCAUCACUAAUUAUCUGGGACAAAACGAUUUGAAUUAUAUUAUUACAGAUAUUAUAGAAAUACUUAUGGAUUGGCAUGAUGUGGCCGUACCGAACGACGAGGAGGACAGAAAACAAGCUCAGAAUCUUUUCGAGAAACUCAUCGACAAAGUAUUGGUAGAAACAUCUAACAAUGAACGACGUGUGUACGAUUAUAAUCUCAGUCUAAUAAAGAAUAUGGUAGAGAAGUGGCACUGCUAUCUACGAGUGCCGAAUGAUUUGCUGAACAGAAAAAUGAUAUCUGUGCCAAAGGCCGCAGUAUAUCUCAUCUUAGUGCUUCUCGACAAUGAUAUGACCGAAGAAAUUGUCGCGAGAGAUGACAUUAUCGACUUCUUGCUGAAACCAUUGCGCGAUUGGAAGACACCCGAAAUAGACAAAACGCCUCUGCAGUGCAGUGAAUGUCUCGGAUUAUACUUGAAAUCUUUAGAUAAGCGCAAUGAGGUCGAGAUACAGAUUAAGAAACGCGAACUAAGAGAGAAAAUUUUGACUAUUCUCGGUCCCAUACAGCAGUACCAAAUAAGCAAACAAGUGAAACGCAUUGCUGUUCUCUGCCGGACUUAUCCCGAGGUUACUGUGGAUUACAUCAACGUGAUACUCAAUGCAAUGGCCAAAAAUGUCGAAAGACCCUACUGUCUGGAGAUAUUCACAUUGUUUAUGACGAGACUCAGCCCCUCGGAUGACGAAUCUGUGAUUAUGAAUUAUCUGCGUCACAUGCAGCUUCAGGAAGUAUUGAUAAACAGAGUAUCGUUUUGUGAGAAGCUAGCAUUGGGAAUCGUCGGCAAUUUAGUAACGAUCCUCUCACCAUCGGAUCUGUUGCUUUAUGUGAAUCUGACGAUCCCGUACAUUAAAGACGUAAUCACGGAACACCGGGAUUUAGUCUACGACAUACUUAUGAAGGUUUAUAGGAAAUACUCGGCAGACAUAACUGCAAAGGACGAUGCGAUUCAGACCCUGUUGUCUGUCAGUGUGGAGAAGCUGUUGGCUGGUUUAUUGGAUCCGUCACAGGAGCUGCAGGAUAGAAUACUGCGGUUUUGGUCGGAGGAGACGAGACUCAGCACGGAGAAAUCGAAGAAUCGAUUACUAGGACUUCUCUCUAUGCACUCGUUGCUUCAAAAAACAACGAUGUCGUCUGAAGACGACGCAUUCGCGCCCUUCAUAGCGCUAUUGAUGCUGCAGUUGGUAACAAAAUCGAUAGACUACAACAAGAACAUAUUCGACGCACCGUUGCAUAGUAAUUGUACCUUUGAGAACUAUAAAGUAGCCGUUUCCUGGCGGAGGCGGAAUUUAAGCUGCAUGGCUCCAAUGUUCGUCGAUUCGCUCGCCUCACAAAUGAGCUAUGGCACCUUUUCUCAGAUAAACGAUACCGAUUUUGGCUCUCUCGUAGAUUCCUAUUCGCGCUUCUCACGAUACUCAGGCAUUCCUCUGAGACUUCGUGCGACGCAGGAUUUGCAGUUUGAGCCGACUCUUCUCGACAACGAUGAAAUUAUGAACGCGACGCUCGAUGUCGAAUUUGAUCGAACGAUAACAGCAUCUUCGUCGAGACAAUCAUUCCAAAACACAACGCGCAAGAGACCCUUUAGACUUCUGGCAAACUCAUCGGACAUCGCAAACAUCAUCCGUCAUAAGCAAAUACAGAAGAAUGUACAACGAGCAGAAAUGAUGAAGCAGGAAAGUAUAAGACAGAGAAGUAGCGUAAAAUUGUACAGAGAUUAUAGAAUCGGAGAUUUCCCCGACAUUGAAAUAUCUCAUUCGAAUUUGAUUGUACCGCUUCAACAGUUGAUAAAACUGGAUCGGCUGAUCUGUAAAGAUGUGACUGUAUCGUUAUUUUGUUCCUUGAUCGAAGAAAUAACCGAGAGAGAGAAAUCCGAUGACUUCCGUCAGGCCGUCGUGGACAGUUUAAAGAAAAUUCUGCAAAAUUCGAGCGAGAGAGACAGUUCCUUCAAUGCCGUUAUUCUGGAAAUUUUACUACAAUUAAAUGCCACUGACUGUAAUCCGCUAGAUAUAGCGAAGAUCUCCAAGACGAGCCGCUUGGACGUUCUUGGCGCUCUUCUCCUGGAACGCAAUUUGUUACCUAAUCCGCGGGAUGAUGACUCAUCCACGCCGAGCAAAAGAAUGCGAAGAUGCGACAACGAUGAGACUGACAAAUGGAUGCAAUUGGCAUGUCUCUAUAAAUCAUUGAAUGAUGUUGAUGUUGUCUUGAGUAUCUUCCGAGGGCGACAAUUUUUUGGCGAUGACAUGCAGCAAGCUGCUUUCGCGGAAGUAAAUGGUGAUUGGAUUCAAGCGAGAGACGUCUACACAAGCGCUUACGAACGAAUCGAGAAUCGGUCGAUGAGGGAGCACUGCUUUCAAGGAUUACUUAAGGCCGUCGAGAAUUUAUGCGAUUGGUCGGCUAUCAAUCAGCUUGUGAAGAGUCGCACGAGUGAAAACAAUCUGAAUGGCGUCUGGAACGACACGUGGAACGAUUGGACGAUUCCAUAUGUUUUCGAUGCUUAUGUACACAUGCUGGCGGAGGGAAACUGGACGUCAAGUGACGACGAUCUGGUAAUCAUCCAAUCAUGGAUGAACGAUCGAGAUAAAUUAAAGUAUCUUAAACAUAUGGUAGGCAAAGAUCUGAUAAUAUUUUUGCUGAUGGGUGAAGAGCAGCAGCGACAGGCAACCAAUCUAUUGAACGAACUUCUGGACAAAAUGGGAGAACAAUGGGUCAGUUUGAGUCCUCUCUGCAUCGAACGAGGAAUACGCGAAUCGUUAAAGUUGCAAGUCAUAAACGAUCUCAACACUUCACUCAAGGUUCUUCGAUGUGCGAAUGAAGCAAACUACCUAGAUCAGCUGGAUGCGUUAUUGAACUUCUGGUCAUCGAAAGUACCCACCGUUCAAGACAAUCUCGUACAGUGGAAUAAAUUAACUGCUUAUCGAACAUAUUUUUCAAUGUUAUUCAAAAACAAUAUGAAAGAGGAUGACGAGGAGAAUGAGAAAUGUGCGAUUAUCAAAGAGCGGAUGCAUCGAAGUCGUUUUCAGCUUCGACUCGGCAUCGCCGAUGCUGCGUUGCACCAGAAACACCGAUACAUUGCCGAGAGGCAUCUGAAUUACAUGAACGAGCAUUUACAAAACAUCCGUCAGCCUCUAAAGCUUCCGUUAGAGCUUUCGUGGCUCGAGGCUAGAAUCAAGUGUCUGUGUGCCGACAUUGAAACAGACGCGCGCACAAAAAUGAUCAAUUACACCGCUUCCUGGAAAUGCUCGCAUCAAUUACUGAACGAAUGCGGUGAGCUCGACGCCAACAUGCAUACCGCCAUCAGGCAGCACGUCAGUGCACUGGCUUCGAAGAUCGAAUUUUCAAGCAGGAAAAACGCAGAAUUCGCGAACGCAUUGGCGAGCAACGCCGCGAUUCUGCAGAAGAUAGGAAUCGCGGAAUCGACGCGCGUCGUUGACCUAAAUAACAUUCGAGAGCAUUUACUGCAGUACAGCUUGAAUAAUCUGCGAGCUUGCUGCGAGAAUGCGACGAGGACCGCCGCCAUUAACAUCGGUGAGCAUUAUUGCGCUCUGGCCCGUCAUUGUUAUGGUAGACUGACGUCCACCGAUAUGGAGAGCGACGAACUUUUCCACGAAUUCCUAUUAUCCACUCUGAGAUCUAUGCGUUAUGAUUAUCUCGAGGCGGCACACUAUUUUCCCUGCUUGCUGAAACCUGAACGGUUACAGAACGAAGAGAUACGUACUACGUUCGUUCGAGAGUGCGCUGAACUGCAGCCAUGGUUGUUCCUGCGUUGGCAGGAUCUGCUGUUCUCCCAUCUGGGCACGCCGUCAAUUGCAAGCGCGAUUGUAUCGAUUGUCGAGAGAAUCGCCGAAGCUUAUCCCGAUGCGGUAGUCUACACCUAUCACCUGGUUAUUGAGAGAAACCCCGCUAUUCUGCAGGAAAGAAACAUUCAGCGAAUACGCUCACUCUUGCACGAUAAAGCGGAGAAGUACGAACAAUUCUUGCGGGCGAUACAGUACGUGGCACAACCGGAAUUGUAUCUCAAGCAUUAUCUUAAUGAAGUGAUGAGGGAUCUAUCGCAAGGAAGAGGGGCGACGGCCAUCGAGUCGCUGCUGCAAAAGGUUUAUCCGAAGAUAUGGGCAGCAGAAAAGAAUAAUCCUCGUCCGGGUAAUACCUAUCAGAUAAUCGCGAGAUAUGAAAGCGAGAUAAGAGCCUUGGAUCCUGACAAUCACGACGCCACACGAGAAGGAAUACAAAGACUCAAAAAAUCGUUGAAUGAGUCUCUUUCCAACCGCGCGAAUAGAAAUAGACUGAACGAUUACAGCCCGUUCUUACACCAGUUUAUGGGCAGCGAUAUCGAGGUACCCGGCCAAUAUACUGAUGAUAGGGAACCAAUAUUGCGUUAUCACGCAAGGAUUGCACGUUUCGAGCCACGCGUGGUAGUUAUGCAAUCGCUGCGCAAACCGAUUCGCAUCUGUAUGGUGGGCGACAAUGGCAAGGAGUACAAGUUUCUGGUGAAAUUUGGUGAGGAUCUGACGAUCGACCGCGGCCUCCAGCAAUUGUACGCCACCAUGAAUAGGACAUUACGCAAUGACGCAAGCUGUAGACAAAGACGCUUGGUCAUAGACACGUAUGAGGUGAUUCCAUUAUCGAAAUCAUUCGGCCUCAUACAGUGGAUCGAGGAUACGAAAUCCCUGGAUGAUUUGAUACGCUUCACUCUGUCGAAGAGAGAGAGCGAUCAAUGCGAGAGCAUUUAUCACAGAUAUGUGGCGUGGAUAGCGAGCGCGACACUUUCGAAGCAAAUCGUCGAUCAGUACAAAGAGGCAUCCAGAUACAGCUGGCGAACUGUCACGGAACAGAUGGAGCGUUUCGUCGGCGAGACCAAGCGAACGGCUCUGCGCGACGCUUUCGAUAUCGUUAGUCCGUCACCAGAGUGCUUCGCGACGUUGCGACGUAACUUCGUCGCGAGUUACGCGACGAUGUGCGCAGCUCAUUGGCUCGCAGGCAUCGGUGAUCGCCAUCUGGAGAACACUCUGGUGCGCGUAACCACCGGACGAUGCCUUGGCAUCGAUUUCGGUCACGCUUUCGGCGGCGGCCUGCGCACGUCCGUACCAGAACUCGUACCCUUUCGUCUGACGCCGCAGAUUCUCGAGUUACUGCUACCCUUCACGGAGCGCGACCUCCUGGCCACAAUCAUGACCCAUGUGAUGCGUGCCCUGCGCGACGAUCGCGGCCCGAUCCUCGCUUGCAUGGAUAUCUUCAUUCAUAAGCCUAUCAAUCGAUCAUCGAAUAUCAACGACGACGAGAUAGCGACGAGGAAUGACGAUGAACAAGUUGACGCAGACACAUGGUCGUCAAAGAAAAAUAUUGAAAUAGUAGCGAGGAAAUUAAAUGGAAUCCAUCCAUCACUUAUUACAUUGGAGCAAUUAAAAGAAACACAUGAUGAUAAAUAUUUUACAAGAUAUCAUGCUAUUGUCAUGGGCAAUGAUGGAGUCAAACAAGCACGAGCAGAUAUAAAGAAUGAUUGUUUGACACCUGCCGAACAGGUGGAUUGUUUGUUAGAUCAAGCGAAAGACUUUAAUAUUUUGGGCCGUAUGUAUGCAAAUUGGCAACCUUGGCUGUGAUAAUGUUCUAGUUGCAGAGUAUUGCAAAACAUUGCAAGAGUUAUUAAAACCAAUGAUUUAAAAAGAACACACAAAUCAUGUAUACAAAUUUUAUAUAUUUUUUAUAUAUAUUAAAUGAAGAAACUUUAACAUGAAUUGAGAGAACAAAUUAUAAAAUCAUGGAUAAAAUUAUAUAUGUAAUAUUUAUUACAAUUUUAUCUCUUCUUGUAUUAUAGAAUAUAUCUGAUAGGUAAAGUUUAUUAGAUUUUAUAAAUAUUAUAUAACUAUAUUUAAUACGUUGUUAAAAUCGAUCUAUAGACAUGCAAUAUAUCAAUUUAAAAAAGUAAUAUUUGUCGAUUCUAUUUGAUUCUAAAUAUAUAUAUGUGAGAAAAAAGAUUCGAUUUAAGAGAGAGUAAUUUUAAAUUUGAGACCUAAUUCUUUUACAAUUUAUUAUAAAUUUUAGAAAUAAGAGAAUUUCUAAAAAAAUCGAAAUUUUUAAAAUUCUUUUUAAUUUAAUUCAUUAAUAUAUUUUCUAUUUUUGAUAUCUCUUUUGCCUAACAUGUGCUAGAUAUAUAUUUAUUGCAUUUAAACUUGAACUUUGGAUUUGUAAUGAUUUUCAAAUCGUGUACCUACUAUAUACAUGUAUUACGUACUAGAUAUAUCUAAUUAUAUUUGCCUGAUGCUGUAGAAAUUUUUAAAUUGUAUGAUAUAUAUACGAUCAAUAAUAUUGAUUUACAGCCUAUUUUUAUUAUAAAUAUAUAAUUUUGUACAAGAAUAAAACACAUAUACCAAAUGAAUGAAAUAUGAAUUAAUCUAAUAUUAUUCAACUUG